AUGAGCUCUGCGCUUGCAGCAGAUGCAGAGGGGGCAUGCACAAGUGAGAGAAAGGACAGAACUCCAGGGUUGCCGGCUGUAGGAGAAUCCGACGGGACGCUUGAGGUUGGGGGACGACUGAGUUUACAGGAUCGUCUUGGCCCGCUGGUGAUAAAUGAGGACGGCAGCAUGAGGAGGAUAUCAGAUUGGAGUGAGAAGACAGAGAGGGAGAGAGAGGCUAUCCUUCGCGUCCUGGGACGUCGCAACAAGUCCAGGUUGGAAAAAUUGAAGAAAUUGAAAGCAGAUUUGGUUGCUGGUGCGAAGCAGAUGGAAUUCAUUCCUACUGUUGUUGAAGAGGAUAUGUUAGCUGACACAAUGAUUGAUCUGCAGCUCUUGUACGAAGACUUAAGGCGUGUACUCACUUCAAGUCAUGCUGUAGCGUGA